GUUUUAGUUGGGGCACUUAGCUGAAGUAAACAGAAAGGGAGGGGAGUGUGCGCAAAGCUUUGGGAAGGGGCAUGCAUGCAGACAACCGAUCACUGCAAAGUGCUGAGCGCGGUACAGACUGGCUGUAGCCCACACCACUCUUUCCUCUGUCCAAGAGAAGACCCCAAACCUCUGCUGUGAGGCGCUCACACUCAUCACAAUAAUGUGAAAAUCAGACGGAAACGUUUGUCAGAUGUUCAAACUCAUCGUCGCUUCAUUGUACUUCAGUGCCGUCCUUUUUCAACACUGUCACACAGUUUGCAGUCAGACUACUGUAGGCUAUCCACGAGGCUACCUGGUGUGAGAUGCGGCAAUGUCCCGAGGAAUAUGCCCACGCGUAAACUCCUGCGGAUCCUUUUGGAUAUUGUCAGCGGUCGUAUUUGCGGUGAGUGUGAUCGACGCGGACGCAUACAGCUGUCAUGAAGUGAGGACCGCUUUCCAGCUGCGGCAGGUCGGACCGCUGAACCGCGUUCCGGAGACACCUGGCACAGAUGUGGAUCUAUUGGUUUGUAAGCACCAGGGUCCGUCCUGCUGCACCCGGAAGAUGGAGGAGAGCUACCAAUUUGCUGUGAAAAGAGAAACCCUCCAUAACAUUCACUCCUACAGCUAUGAGCUUGAGCACCUCAUCUCUGGCCACUUGGAUGCCUUUCAGGACAUGUUCCAGUACCUUCUAUCCUUCUCUCAGGGCCACCUUAGCUCUCUGUUGGAGGGAACCUACUCAUCCGUGUCUCGCCAUGCCCUACCCCAUGUUAAUCAACUCUUCUCCUCACUCUCCCUCUACCUCCGCGGAGCCAACGUCUCUGUGGAGGUGGCAGUUCACCAAUUUUUUAACAACCUCUUCCCACUCGCCUACGCACGGCUCAUCAACCCAGGCAUUGAUGGCAGUAUGAUGAUGGGCGGUGAAAUGGGUGACUGUCUUCGUAUGAUCAGGCAGGACGUCAACCCUUUUGGGCCCCAUCCAGCAGUCAUGGCCCAAGAGCUGGCUGGGGCGCUGGGAGCCGGGCGGCAUCUGGGCCUGGCCCUGGAGGAGGGUCUGGAGGUGAUGAAUGCCACCGAACACAUCAGUCUGAGCAAAGAGUGUGUGAAGGGCCUGGUGAAGAUGGUGUACUGCUCCCACUGCAGAGGUUUGACCCUGAUCAAGCCCUGCGUGGGCUACUGUCUGAAUGUAAUGCGAGGCUGCUUGGCCAGUGUGUCAGAGCUGGAUCAGCCUUGGAGGAGGUAUACCAGCUUGUUGGAGCAACUAACCCACGCCAUGGCUGGGCACCACAGCCUGGAACUAGCCCUUCUGGGGGUUAGGGGGCACGUUAAUGAGGCCUUGCUCUAUGCGCAGCUCCAUGGUCCACUCAUCACUGCCACGGUGGACAAGGUGUGUGGCCUGUCUACUGGGGAACCUACAGGCAUGCAGCCAACUAGCCCAGAGGUCACAGCCUUUACCUUAACCCCAUCUUCUGCUCUUCCAUCUGCUGUCCCCUCCCAACCUCUACCAGAGCAGUGGCUGGGACAGUUAGCUCACUUGAAGAGCUCGUUGCCCCUGAAACCCUCCAAGAACAAUAAACAUAAUCUGAGAACGCUCUCUAGGGAGUUCUUAAUGUACCUGCAGCGCUACAAGUCUUUCUUUGCAGCGUUGCCAGAGAUGCUGUGCGAAGGGGAGAAUGUAGUGGAUGACUCCACGUGCUGGAGCGGAGAUGAUGUGGUGGAGAGCUACACUGGCAGAGUUGUGGGAAAUGGUCUGCACGCCCAGAGGCAAAACCCAGAGGUCAAAGUUCGCAGCCCAAACCCUACACUGGCUGAGGUCAAGGAGAGGUUGGAGCGCUUUAAUCAGGAGACCCAUGAGAAGUUUCCAAAACUGGACCAGAUGGAGGCCUGGGAUGAGCUGGGCAGUGGUGAAACAGAGGGCAGCACGACAGACUGUGAUGAUGAAGACGGAUGUCAAGCCUCAGGAGACAGUCAAGGCCAGACCUCACAUACAGAAGCCUCCAGUGAAGGAAAACCCAUUGGGAGACGGCCUGGAGGAGACAGCCCGCAUGAGAACCCUUCCAAGCCCCCCUCAGUGAAGGUGAUAGGGGGCUCACCGUCUGCCAGCUGGGCACGUCCCUGGAGUCUUGCACUUCUCUUUGCUGCACUCUGCUUGCAGUGGACCCUAUUCUGAUGCCAGCCCCCUCUGUGAAUCUCCACACCCAACCCUGCCCCUUUAGGAACCACAUACAUGUGCACAGACACUCAUAUCAUAUACAUAACAUGCAUAGUAUCCUUACUCAUGUCCUCAAUGUACAUGGACGGAUGGUAUUGAUAGAAAACAUGACUGGGGUGUGGAAAGGAAGAGGACAACACUGUAGGAGACUUGACCUGCAGCAUCACCAGUGUAGGUGUUUGCACAAGCUAAUCUCAAAUGCACGCUCAUCUACAAAGAUUAGGCCUGCUGCUUCUUCUAGGCUGUUCUGGGGCUAGACAUUUGGGUAUGCAGACACAAACACAGCCCUACCCUUUGUGGUUCAGAACGGGACUGCAUCAUUCUGAUUUUGCUUAAAAAAAUGCUUACACAUAUACAGACUCACAUACACGUUUUUUACAUAUACAGUACAAAUAAAGAGGUCUUCUUUUUCUGCUGCUGGUUUUUACUUAAACUUUCAGGCUCAUAACCUCAUCACGGCCACCGCACCAUUUGCCAGCCAGGCAGAAGAUUUCAGCUCAUUUGAAAACUCACCUCAUUUUCUUUUCAAGGAUUAAGGAAUGCAUGAUAGAUUGAUAGAUCAAUCCCAGGUGUCCAGCCCAGAAUAGCAGAUUUGAUAUUCUCUAAUGACUGUGUACCUUGGCAGGGAUUAGACUGUAAUGACUUCACAGGUAGAGAAUGGGCACACUUGCACGGCUGAACACACUGUGCAGACAAACUAGGUGUGUAUAGUAUGUAACUGUAUAUAUGUGGAAAGAUUUGACGUAUGUAUGAGGUUCUGACUCAACAAAAAGCUCUUAACUGAUUGAGCUGAAUGGGAUUUUCUUUUCUUUUCCCUUACCUAUGAAUGGACUUUGCUUGUCUGAUCCAUGUUAGUUUAGUGUGGUGAUUUAAUUUCUGUAACAAAUAAAGCAGGAAUGCACAUAAUUUUCCAGCUCAAGCCCAUGACAUAAUUGGACAAAUUUAGGACAUUUAAACAUUUAAGUCUGUACAUUGUUGAUUUUACUAAUAUUUAUUGUGCAUCCUGUUUGUGUGUUUGCUCGUUGAAUUGCACAUAAAUGCAUGUAUACCUACCAAGUUAUCACAUUUGUCAUGAUAGGAUCAGGCCCUUCCUCAGGAAGCAUCACAAACUCAUAUAUUGCCUUUUCCAUCACAUCUCGCUGAUGGCGUGACGUCACAUUUUAGCUUCCUAUCUCAAAUGAUGGUUUGUAACUUGAAAAUAAGAAGAAAGUUGGAGCUGCAGAUCCAACACAUUCAGAUUCCAACACAAUUUAACGCACACACAAAAACAUGUACAAUAUUUUUUCCAGAGUUGGGCGUAUCUAUUGCUUGAUCCAGUACAGUGGUGGCCAUUGUGUACGUCCCUCUUCAUGGAUUUAUCAAACAUUUUGCAAAAUAAGCUCUAAUAUUUCUCCACCCAAUCUUAAGCAGACCAUUCCUUGGAAUUCCAACAGAAUAAAAGCAAAUCCUUCUUUGUUUGACGUAUUAUUAUUAUUAUUGACUAAUGGUUUCCUCUGUAUACCUUUUUCUCACUUGUGUAGAUAUGGAUGGUUUAUGAGUGAAUGAGGAUGAAUGUAUGGUCAAUGCUAUGCAAAUACAGUGUUAAACCUGAUAAUGCCUAAAAGCUACACAUAUUACAGUAUCUAAGCUAAAUAGGUUUACACAUUUACAUGGGUCUAUGUGCAGUGAAAUACCUCUUUCAUUAACUAGCCUUUGUUGUUCCUUCCUCUCCCUACUUAAAAGUAAUUCACCACUGACCCAAAGGAGAAGACGGAUGACCUGCUUAACUACUACUACUUGCAAAUACAUAUUGUACAUUAAAGCCCCGCAGUUAACGAAGAAUGGAGAUGACUGCGAUUAUGCAAGGUUUUGGCAGUUUAAAUGUGUCACAUCGGCUGCGUUCAGACUGCAGGCCUUAAUGCUCAAUUCAGAUUUUUUCCCGAGAUCCAAUUUUUUUUUGUUUGACAGUUCACAUUAUAAUUUAAAUGUGGCCAAUAUCAGACUCCAGUCUAACCUGUCCGCGGCCUGAAAGUGAUCCGCAUGCGCAGAAGAAUAACACGAUGUCACGUACGCAGCACGCCGUUGCAGGCUGCAGAAGUAAACGAGGAGCAACAUUUCUCCGGUUAGCUAGCGGGAGACUCCCGUUUUUCAUUGUCCUCUCAUGGGUCACAUUUCUCCCGAAUUAUGACACGUAUGCACAACUUUCUGUUCGUUUCAUUACGGUUUCUGGCGCUGUACAACGCAGCUGCCCCACAACCCACUCUCUCCGUCUCUCUCUCCUCACUGUGUCCGCUCGGACAAGUAGCAUGCAUGUAACUCAGAAGAGAGCCCCGGUGCGGUGGAUUUUAGGUAUAAGAAAGGGAAUUUGUGAGCAGAUGAUAGCGAGGUAGAGAAGGAAGAGAGCCACAUGUUUAAUUACGGCUUUUUGUGGAGCUUUUUCGUUCACCGCGGCUCCGUCUACAGCAGAACAGCUGCUCAAGUUUCAUCAAAUGCGACCCGAGUGUCCAGACUGAGGUCGCAUUUAAAAAGAUCCGAUCUGUAUCGGAUUUGGACAACAUAUGGAAGUGGCCCAAUCCGAACUGGGAAAGAUCAGAUUCCUGUUCACACUGUCAUAAAAGAUCAGAUCUGAGUCACAUAUGGGCAAAAAAAUCUGAUUUGGGUCACGUAGGCCUGCAGUCUGAACAUGGCCAUCUUGUGUUCUGUAACUAUAUGUUUGUAGUUCAUAUGAUUAUCUUUAUUUAGCCUAUGUUUUGUUCCUGACUGUCGUUCACUGCAGGCAAAGAUCACAUACAGCCUUGCAUGUGUUUAAAUGUACAUAUUUUAAGUCACUUUUUUGUGUCUUGUUUCCUCUCUUUUAUAUCAGUAUGAUACAGUGGAGCUGAGCUCUAUUAAAGGUGCUCUGCUUUUUUGCUUGUCUCCCUAGCCUCUCCUUAAAGAGUAUCAGUCACUAUAGACAUUGAUAAGAAAAGAUGUUUAUUAAAUGCCCUACACUGAUGGCACACCCAU